GAGAGUAUGUCAGUUGCCGGCCUCGAGUCCCGGUCAAACGUGGUCUGGGGCCGGCUCUGGGGCUGCCCUUACUAUCUCCACACCGGGGGCCGGCCUCCGGGUAUUCUCGGUGCCUCAGCCCCUACCCUGGUCCAUACCCUUUGGGGGCCGGGAGGCGAGGCCUCGCCGCCUCCAUGUGGGUCUUCCCCCAACCAGGAUGAUGCAGUACAAGCGGCUCCCUCAGGUCGAGUUUUCUUUUUUUAAACAAAAUUUGGUGCCUGUCACUGUCACACCGAGCCAGCCUAGGAAGAAGAGGAGCAGAGCCCUGAAUAUUGACGGCUGCAGUAGGAGGGUUUCGAAGUCAGUUAGUGUGGAGGGAUUAGUGGUGCUGGAAGAGCACAGCAGUUCAGGCAGCAUCCAAGGAGCAGCGAAAUCGACGUUUCGGGCAAAAGCCCUGAAGGGCAGCACUUUUCAAGCGGUCGGAGAUAUGGAUCGACUUUUGCGAUUGGGAGGUGGUAUGCCUGGGCUUGGACAGGGCCCACCAACUGAUGCCCCAGCCGUGGAUACAGCAGAACAGGUUUACAUAUCUUCUCUUGCUUUGCUGAAGAUGUUGAAACAUGGACGAGCUGGCGUUCCAAUGGAAGUGAUGGGCCUGAUGCUUGGUGAAUUUGUUGAUGACUACACAGUCCGUGUUAUUGAUGUAUUUGCUAUGCCUCAGUCCGGCACAGGUGUUAGUGUUGAAGCAGUUGAUCCCGUUUUUCAAGCCAAAAUGCUGGACAUGUUGAAACAGACAGGAAGACCUGAAAUGGUUGUUGGCUGGUACCAUAGUCACCCUGGCUUUGGAUGCUGGCUUUCAGGAGUUGACAUCAACACUCAGCAGAGCUUUGAAGCCCUGUCGGAGCGAGCUGUUGCCGUAGUAGUGGAUCCUAUUCAGAGUGUAAAGGGAAAGGUUGUUAUUGAUGCCUUUAGACUGAUCAAUGCUAAUAUGAUGGUAUUAGGACAUGAGCCAAGGCAAACAACAUCAAAUCUUGGACAUCUCAACAAACCAUCUAUCCAGGCUUUGAUUCAUGGAUUAAACAGGCACUACUACUCUAUCACUAUAAAUUAUCGGAAAAAUGAACUUGAACAAAAGAUGUUGUUGAACUUGCAUAAGAAAAGCUGGAUGGAGGGCCUGACACUUCAAGACUACAGUGAGCAUUGUAAACUUAAUGAAACUGUGGUAAAAGAAAUGCUGGACUUGGCCAAGAAUUACAACAAGGCUGUAGAGGAGGAGGAUAAAAUGACUCCAGAACAACUAGCAAUUAAAAAUGUUGGGAAACAAGAUCCAAAACGCCAUUUGGAAGAGCAUGUGGAUGUUGUGAUGACUUCAAAUAUUGUGCAGUGCCUAGCAGCCAUGUUGGAUACAGUUGUAUUUAAAUAAUGAAAUGUAAAGUAGUAGUGCAUUGUUUUUUUUAAAAUUGUAUCAUUAAUGUUUGACUGGUAAUACAGAGGCUGCUAAAAGCUUUACUUAAGUGUAGACGUUGGGACCUGCGAACAAUGGUGUCACUGAGCAACCUGUCAUUGCUUAUUUUGAUUCCAUUGUUAAGAAGAUGGAUCUUAUUUUCCUUGUUUAAAAAUACAUUGAAGAUUAAACUUCAUACUCAACUUUGA